AUGUCAACUUUCCGAAUUCCUAUGGCCGAUUUUCAUACCCAUAAACGACGCGCAAGCGAAACAGAAAGUCGCGAUGGAACAGCCCGUCGUCGUCGCAUCUCGACCACAUCGCGAGAGCAAAGUGGCAAUCCACUCAAGCUCCCGACCGAGAUCUGGGAGCAGAUUUUUAACCACUUAGACUUGAAAGACAUCAAGUCUGUUCGUUUGUCCUGGAGCCCAUGGACAAACAUCGCUGCCAGAUUCCUCUUCCCAUCGUUCGUCUUCAAAAUUGACAGGAGAGAUAUCGAGCGCUAUGAGCAAGACGUCUCCAAAGAUGAGGAUUUCGUUGCGGGUAUCAGAUCUCUGCGCUUUGAGACUGGUAUGAUUACCUUACACCAAGUUCAAGAUGAGCUUGCUAUGUUCUUUUGCGAUUCGAACAAUAGCAUGCGCAGCGCAGGCUCUUUUAAGGACUACGUGUCGAUUGACGCCAUGAAUGAAGAUAAAGCAACUGCUAUCGCAGAAUACGCGGCAUGGAAUGUUCGUUGGCAUGAAGCCAAGCAAAGUUACUGCGACCUCUUUCGUAUGAAAUCGAUGUUGGGCAAGCUCAAGUCACUUGACAGCGUUGGAUUCAGUAUCAGAGACACAAACUCCAGCAGCCAGCUUCUCAAGAAAUCUUGGUGUUGUGUACCGGCAUCACCUACAUCAGUCAACUUCUGUAGAGCUCCAAAGGAUCUCUUCACAUUUCUCGCGGCCCUUGCGAGCACUACUCUAUCCAUUAAAACCCUCUAUCAUGACCGACUUCCGGUCACAUUCUUUGCGCGUGGCGACAAGAUAUUGGCAAAGCUUGCGGAGCCACUCAAGCACUUAACAACACUUCGAUUGACUUUCGACGCAAGUGACAUUCCGCAUAUGAAGUUCUGGGCUAGUUUGGGACAUUUCUUGAAGGCAAUUCCAAACCUCGCAGUUUUACGCUUUGGCUUCUCAACCAAUCUCUACAAUCCGUCAGUACAGUGGUACCUUGAGAGUUAUGAGCGGCUCGCCGGUUGGUAUGUCCCCUUGUGGAAGAUGUUUGGAAACCACACGUGGCCUAGGCUUCGUGAGCUUCGCCUCGAUGGUCUUCUUGUCUGUGAAGACGGACUGUUCGAAUUUAUGAAUCGACAUGCCCAAACUCUGCAGGUCUUGAAGCUAUUUAACCUUGCGCUGUGGUCUGGUGGAAUGCAAAGUCUCUUUAAUCGAUUGAGAGCCUCCCUAAAGUUGAAGAGAUUUCGGGCUUGGGGAGAGUUAAACGCCAUCCAUUCUCCUCAUGAGCACUGGAGAAUUUUGUCAACAUACGAUUCCGAAGAUGACUCGACGUCCCCGGAGAUGACAGCCUUUGUGGCGGAAAUAUGGAGAACAGCGGCAGCUGUGCUCAAGCAAAGUGGAGAUUGCAGUCAAGAUAGUGCCUACGAUCGGCUCCAAGAAUUCAUGGUUUCCCAGAAUUUGCAACGCGCAUGGCCUCUUGACAAUUGGGACUUGGUUGACGAGGAUGUCAAGAAGCCCCUGAAGGGAUGGAUUGAUUUUGAAGUACAGGAACUAUCAGGUAUUGGUGAAGACUUGUUCACUAAACUGUACGACGAGUUUGGUUUUGACAUAGAUGGCUUCGACAAGGACGGGUACGACGAAGAUGGAGAUCAUUACGCGGAAGAUGUUACUGACUCGCAUCUUAUCACUCAUUUUGCGGCCAGACGCGAGAUCUUGGAAGAGCUGCUUCGAGCGAUUCCAAGAUAUGCAGCAUUGGCAGAGUGA